UGUCCACCCAGCAGCCAGCCAACCAAGAGACUCUGGAGGCGGCCCGGAGCCCUAAGGUAUCAUCUGGGGUACACCACCCACUCUGAAAGAGCUACCGAGCCUUGCAAUCGUGGUUCGCCAUGAGUGGGUGGCGUUACUCAGGCUAGGUAGGGUAUGUUUGCUAACACACCGAGAAGAACCGCCGCAGUUUCCCGCUCUCCGAGUCGUAGUUUAUCUACCCACCCAAGACCCGACCCCGUCGCUCUAAAAUGGCCGAAGUCUUUGGAGUCGUCGCUGGAGCAUUGAGUGUAGUCGGGCUUUUCAAAAACUGCAUCGACUGCUUCGAAUACAUUCGGCUUGGUCGAAAUUUCGGCGACGAUUACGAGCGAUACCAACUGCGGUUGGACACUGCGAAGCUUCGACUGGAGCGCUGGGGCACAGCCAUCGGCAUCAACGAGGACCCGCGGUUUCGGUCACUUCGCCCUGCUCGGACCGACAAGGAAGUCAGACUUAUCCGAUCAUUGUUGAGAGAGCUCAAGCACGUCUUCGAAGACAUCCAGCACAGCGAAAGGAGGUACCAGAUCAAGGGUACCGUCCAAGAGGUUGACACCAAGCACAGGAUCUGCGCGCCAAUAAACAAAUCUCAAAGACCAGGACAUCUGAGGCACUGGCAAACGGGAUUCUUCAAAAAAACGACCUGGGCAUUAUACGACAAGAAGCGAUUCGAAGAUAUGAUGGCGGACCUCAACAGGCUUCUGGAUGACAUGGAGCGGGUACUUACGCAACCUGUCAAUGGUCAGGAACUGGCGUUGAGACAGCCAAGUGGAACAACGGCAGAACCGAGCACAUCGAAAUCGGAGACGGAGGAAGAUCCUGGCGUGGCUGCAGAUCCACCAGCCCCCGAGCAGAAGUUUUGCGGCAUAGAGGUGACCAAUGUAGCCGAGAACAUCAAGGUUGGCCAGGAGGCCCGGGCCCACGUCGGCAACGUGGUCAAAGAGCAGAUGACGAUACAGGACCGAACAAACAAUCAAGGGGGUAAUGCAGUGGUAGCUGAGAAGGCCCGUUUUAUGGUUGGUAAUGUGUAUGGAGGCAAGAGUAUUUGGGAUGACUGACUUUAUGUCUCAACGCUGUUCUGGAGAGAAUAAUGUUUUGGACAAAACAACAUCCUGGGGUUAAGCCGUUAAAGGAUUGCAGAAGUAUGAAUGGGACACAAAACUGACAUGUAACUACCGCUGGACACCUGCCGUCCAUAUGUAUCCUAACCAUAACGCAACAGCAGUCGCCUUGAACGGAGUGAUCGAAGCAAGCAGCUCCAGUGCUAACCUCCGCAAACCCACACCAUACCAUGUACCGUUGCACCCUUGCCAUGUCCGCCGGAGCUCGUAGGCGUCUGAAAGAAUCAUCCCCUCAC